AUGCAGAUCUCUCUUUCGGAGUUCGUUCUCUCAUAUUGUUUUACUCUUUUCUCUCUCGUUGGUUCACAAUUUUCUACUUGUUUGUGGAAUCUUGUCACAUCGAUUCAUCCUGCGGGUAGGUGCUAUAGGCCGAUUAGGGAUGCGCAGGAUAUGGCGACUUUUCUCCUUGGUUUUGACAACCACUGCAACUGCAUCGACGACGAGAAAAGAAACUGUAUCCAUUUAGUUGAUUACCGAAAAGGAAGAUCCAAAGAGAAGGCAGUCUUGUUCUCAUCUUUCGAAUUAUUAUGUAGAGUCCGAACUUAG